AUGCAGCAGCAGCAGCAGCAGCAGCAACGAUACGAGCAAAACGGACAGCCCCAAACAAGCAGCAGCAGCAAACCGAACAGCAAGGAGAAAUAUGCAAACAUAGCACCAGCAGCAGCAGCAACAGCAGCAGCAGCAGCAGCAGCAGCAGCUGGUGACGAGAAGGAGACGGGGGCCCCCGGGGGGCCCCCCGAGGAGACAGAGGCAGCGGGGGGGGGUUCAGAGAAGCCAGAGAAGGGAGCGGCUGGGAUCGACGAUCCCCGCGGCGGAGCACCAGCAGCAGCAGCAGCAGCAGCAGCAGCAGGGGUGGAAGCAGCAGCAGCAGGAGUGGCAGCACCAGCAGUAGCAGGAGUAGUAGCAGCAGCAGCAGCAGCAAUUGGAGCAAUUCCAGCAAUAGCAGCAGCAACAGCAGCAGCAGCAGCAGCAGCAGCAGCUGGUGACACAGCAGCAGCAACAGCAGCAGCAGCAGCAGCAGCAACAGCAUCAGCAGCAGUGACAACGACAGCAGCAACAGCAACAACAACAACUGCAGCUACAACAACAGUAACGACAGCAGCUGCCACACCACUUCCUCCUAUCCCGGUGGGUCAAGACAGCAGCAGCAACAGCAGCAGCAGCAGCAGCAACAACAGCAGCAGCAGCAGUGACAACGACGGCAGCAGCAGCAGCAGCAACAACUGCAGCUACAACAACAGCAAUAACAACGACAGCAGCUGCCACACCACUUCCUCCUAUCCCGGUGCCGACACUGCUGCAGGGGCCCAGUUGCAGCAGCAGCAGCAGCAGCAGCAGCAGCGACAGCAGCAACACGGCAGCAGGUUGCACGCACAGUCACGUGAGCAGAAGCAGCAGCAGCAGCAGCAGCAGCAAGCAGCAAACAACAAGCAGCAGCUUGUACUGCUACUGGAGGAGACCUUGAGGGGGGCCAUCGUCGCGGCUGGUUUAUGUGUGGCUAUGAAUGAGGGGGGGCCCCCCGAUAGACUGAGGGCCUCGGGGCUGAGCAGCUCGCUGCCCCCGCUGCAGGGUGUGGGGCUGUCUCCGUGCAUGCAGCUGCUGCAGCGGCUGCUGGACGGCAAAGGAGACACACAUAUCAGGGGGCUUGCGGGAAUAGCACAGCAGCAGCAGCAGCAGCAGCAGCAGCAGCAACAGCAGCAGCAGCAGCAGCGACAGAGGAACACUGCAGGCGGAACCACACCAACAAACCCAUCGCUUGAAAGGGAAAAUAACAACAGCAGCAGCAGCAGCAGCAGCAGUUUCAGCAGCAGCAACAGCAGCAGCAGCAGCAGCAGCAGCACUAGGUGGCUUCCAGUUAGUGAGGGCAGCACCAGAGCAGCUACUGACAGCAGCAGCAGCAGCAGCAGCAACAGUUUCAGCAGCAGCAACAGCAGCAGCAGCAGCAGCAGCACUAGGUGGCUUCCAGUUAGUGAGGGCAGCACCAGAGCAGCUACUGUCUCCCCAUGGUCUCGGGCGAAUCCGCGAGAGACACAACGCACCGCUGCUGCUGCUGCUGCUGCUGCUGCUGCUCCUGCUGCUGCUGCUGCUGCUGCUGCUGAGAGGGUUCUGCUCGAGACAGACCGCCCCGCCAGGCUGCUCUCCUCGUUGCUGCCAGCAGGGGUCUUCCCUGCAGCAGAAGCAAAUAGGAGACCUGGUUCAUCAGCAACAACAGCAGCAGCAGCAGCAGCAGCAGCAGCUGCUGCUGCUGCUGCAGCAGAGGAAGCUGUAACUUCUCUAGGCGACGGGGGCCCCACCUGGUGGGGCCUAGAUAGAAGACUGGAGAGCAGCAGCAGCCACAGAAGCAGCAGCAGCAGCAGCAGCAGCAACAGCAGCUAUGGCAGCCCCAGAGAAGACAGCAGCAGCGGCCACAUGACGGAGGCCUACGACUUUCUAUCUGAUGAUGCACAACAGCAGCAGCAACAGCAGCAGCAGCAGCAGCAGCAGCAACAGCAACAGCAGCAGCAGCAGCGGAGGCGGCAGCAAGGAUACCUGCUUGAGCAGCAACUCCACAGCAGCAGCACACCGCUGGCCGGUAGUUGUUUUGCUGAUCCUGUCACCACCCACAGCAGCAGCAGCAGCAGCAGCAACAGCAGCAGCAGCAGCGACGCCGGCGCUCUGAACACCAGCAGCAGCAGCAGCAGCAGCAGCAGCCGCCAGUGGGGGUUUUUGUGGCUGAGGCGGCUGCUGCGCUCUUCUGCUGCUCUGCUGCCCCCUGGGUUGUAUGGCGGGGGCCCCUCCAUGGGGGCCUCACCCGUGCUGCAUGAAGCUGCGACGCCUUCCAUAGCAGCAGCAGCAGCAGCAGCUGCUGCUGCUGCUGCAGCAGCAGCAGCAGCAGCAGAAAAAAUACCAGAGCAGACGCCGCACACCCCAGCAGCAGCCCAGCCGAAGGGCCUCAGUGAAGGGGCUGUAGCUUUGCCCAGCUCCCCACCAGAGGAGACUGCUGCUGCUUCCUGGGUUGCUGGGAGGAAAAAGAAGUGCAGGACAGCUGCUGCGUCAGUUGGGCUCCGCUGCAGGCCCCUUACACCCACAGCAGCAGCAGCAGCAGCAGCAGCAGCAGCAGCAGCAGUUGGUGUUGCUGCUGCGGCAGCAGCAACUGCUGCUGCUGCGGCUCUGCUGAUGAAGCCGAGUGGAGCGACAUCCGAGUGGAGCGACAUGUGGGGCCGCGCAGCCACAUGGGCGGGGGAGGGGGGAGCUGCUGCACUGGAGAAGGAUUUGCUGCUGCUUGCUGCUGAGCUGCUGAAGGUUGCUGCUGCUGUUGCUGCUGCUGCUGCAGCAGAGCACAGACGCGCUCUGCUUGCCUUCCUCAAACGCCAGCACCAAGCAAGCCGCACUGCACAGCAGCAGCACCAGCAGCAACAGCAGCAGCAGCAGCAGCAGCAGCAGCAGCGACUGAAGCAGCAGAAAGCCCGUCGGCUUGCAGCAGCAGCAGCAAAACUCACCAUGGAGGCUCUGGCCCGCACAGAGAGGUCCCGGUGGAUGGCAACAGACCUACUAGGUAGGUUCUGCUUCAGCCUCAGCAGCAGCAGCAGCAGCAGCAACAGCAGCAGCAGCAGCAGCAGCAGCAGCAGCAGCAGCAGCAAGCAGCGAGUGAAGCAGCAGAAAGCCCGUCGGCUUGCAGCAGCAGCAGCAAAACUCACCAUGGAGGCGCUGGCCCGCACAGAGAGGUCCCGGUGGAUGGCAACAGACCUACUAGAGGAGUUGGCUUGCCGCAUUGUCUUCCGCUCGGGUUUGCUGCUGGCCCGGUGGUGCCUCGAACUGUGUAAAACAAAGGAGUUGGCUUGCCGCAUUGUCUUCCGCUCGGGUCUGCUGCUGGCCCGGUGGUGCCUCGAACUGUGUAAAACAAAGGAUACAGCAGAGCCAAAGGCUGCUGCUGCUGUCUUCCCGCCUCCCCUGCUGCUGCCGCCGCUGCCGCCGCAGCCGGGUGAUCGUGAGCUGCUGCUGCUUCUGUACACUCAUCAGCAGACGGAGAGGCAGCAGCAACAGCAGCAGCAGCAGCAGCAGCAGCAGCAGCAAACUGCAACACGACAGGAGCUGCUGCAGCCGCCAGACCUCUGGGGGCCCCCAGGGGCCCCCCCAGGGGCCCCCUGGAUGCCUCAGGGGCUGAAUAUGGAUCCCGAUAGAGAGGCGCUGCUGCAGCAGGCUGCACGCGCAAGCUGCUGCUGCUGCUGCUGCCAGUACUGUGCUGCUGCUGCAGAUGCACUGCCUGGAGGAUUUGCUCCCCUCGCCGGUUCUUCUGCUGCCAUCAGCAGCAGCAGCAGCAGCAGAAACUGCAGCAGCAGCAGCAGCAGCAGCAGCAGCAGCAGCUCUCUUAAAGACACACAGCAGACUGAGGUCCUUGUCUGCAACUUUGUCCUCAAGCGGGCAGAAGCGCUGCUGUCGUUGGUCGCGCAGCAACUUGCUGCUGCUGCUGCUGCUGCUGCUGCUGAGGUGAAUGAUGCAGACGAAGGCGCAUGCAGCAGCAACAGCAGCAGCAACAACAGCAGCAGCAGCAGCAGACAAUUGACAACAGGACGGCCAGCGACCGUGCAGGAUUUGGAGGGGCCAGGAGACAAAGCUGAUGCUGCGCUCAACACUGCAGCAGCAGCAGCAGCAGCAGCAGCAGAAGCAGCAGCAGCAACAGCAGAAGCAGCAACAGCAGAAGCAGCAACAGCAGAAGAAACAGAAGCAGAAGCAGCAGCGGCAGCAGGGGGUGCUGCAGCAGGGGCAGCACGAAGUGAGCUGCUUGGACUGGAGAAGACGGAACUGGCAGCAGCAGACACAGCAGAAGCAGCAGCAGCAGCAGCAGCAGCAGCGGAAACAGCAGCAGCAGCAGAAGCAGCAGGAGCUGCAGCAGGAGCUGCAGCAGACGCGACAGCAGCACAAAAGACAGCAGCAGAAGCAGCAGCACCAGAAUCGGUGGCAGCAGCUGUAUCGUCAGCAGCAGAUGAAGAAGCAGCAGCAGCAUCAGCAGCAGAGAAGACACACGCUCCAUCCGCAGCAGCAGAAGAUACAGCAGCAGCAGCAGCUGCUGCUGCUGCAGCAGCAGCAGCAGCAGCAGCAGGUUUGUGUCCCGGUAUUUAUAUAAGACUAGAGGCGUCGCGGUUGCUGCUGGAAUUUAUCGAAGACACUGAGAGAGCAGCAGCAGCAGCAGCAGCAGCAGCAACAGCAGCAGCAGCAGCAACUGCUGCUGCAGCAGCAACAGCAACAGCUGCAGCAGCAGCAACAGCAACAGCUGCAGCAGCAGCAACAACAGCUGCAGCUGCAGCAGAAACAGUCCAGCAGCAGCAACAGCUGCUGCAGCAGCAGCAACAGCAACAGCUGCAGCAGCAGCAACAACAGCUGCAGCUGCAGCAGAAACAGUUGCAGCUGCAGCUGCAGCAGAAACAGUUGCAGCUGCAGCAGCAGCAACAACAGCUGCAGCUACAGCAGCAACAGUUGCAGCAGCAGCAACAACAGCUGCAGCAGCAGCAAGCAUUUCCGCAACAGCUGCAGCAGCAGCAACAGCAGCAGCAGCAGCAGCGGCAGCAGCAGCAGCAAGGCAAACAGCAGUAG